UGGAGGAGAGACAAAGCCAAAGCUUUGUAGAACAACAAGAGAGGGCCGAUGAACUAACUUGUCGUUUUGGAGAAUGUCGCUGUAUCCAGAGCUUAGCUUCAAUGUGGACCAUGGUUACUUGGAGGGGCUGGUACGAGGACUGAAGGCCGGGAUACUGACUCGGUCCGACUAUCACAACCUGGCCCAAUGUGACACACUAGAGGACAUGAAGCUCCACCUGCAGAGUACAGACUACGGCAGCCUCCUGACCGCUGGGAACGAGGACCUGACCGUGUCUCUCAUUGACCACAGACUGAAAGAGAACAUUCUGACUGAGUUCCGCUGCCUACGCGCUCACUCCCUACCGACCCUCUCCACCUUCCUCGACUACAUCACCUACAGUUACAUGAUUGACAACGUGGUGAUGUUGAUCACCGGUGCCCUGAAGCAGAGGGACGUGGCAGAGCUUCUGCCACGGUGCCACCCACUGGGAAUGUUUGACCAAAUGGCAGCGGUUGGCAUCGCCCGCACACCUGCUGAGCUCUACUGUGCCAUCCUGGUGGACACACCUCUGGCUCUGUUCUUCCAGGAUGCUGUGUCUGAGGCCAACUUGGACGAGAUGGGGGCUGAGAUCAUGAGAAACAAACUGUACAAGGCUUAUUUGGAGGCAUUCUACAAAUUCUGUCAGGAGAGUGGAGGAGCCACAAAGAACAUCAUGUGUCCUAUCCUGGAGUUUGAGGCCGACCGGCGUGCGUUCAUCAUCACAGUGAACUCGUUCGGGACAGACCUGAGUGGGGUGGGGAGGAGCGCCCUGUACCCCUCCUGUGGGAGACUGUACCCCGAGGGGCUCCGUCUCUUGGCCAGGGCAGAGGACUACGAGCAGGUCAAAGCUGUGGCCGACUACUACCCUGACUAUAAACUCAUAUUUGAUGAACCUGAGGCAGGAUCCUCCAGAACCCUGGAGGACAGAUUCUUUGAGCGGGAGGUGAAGCUGAACACGCUGGCCUUUCUGGAGCAGUUCCAUUUGGGCGUGUUCUACUCCUACCUCAAGCUGAAGGAGCAGGAGGCUCGCAACAUCGUCUGGAUCGCAGAGUGUGUCACACAGAGACAAAAGUCUAAGAUCGACAACUACAUCCCCAUCUUCUAAAGGACGAACACACUGUCUGUUGGAGCGGUUACACACCUUUUUUUGUAGUAGGAGUAAUAUUAGCAACGGUUGUCAAAAUUGAUAACAGGUUAAAAAAAUACAGUUCUGAUCAAUGUAACAGCUGCAUAGGUACUCAACUUUUUAUUUUUUAUAAACAAAAGGCUUCAAAUAUUGACCGUAUUAUAGCACAUGAACAAUUGUAUAACGAGAGACAGAACAAUCUAUGGAAUCCAGACAUUUUGGUGGGACUUUAGGUGUACAAUUGCAUGUCAAAUAUAUAAAAAAAAAAAAAAAUUCUCAAAUCCAAUCAAAUUGUAAUUGUCACGUACACAGUUUACGGCAGGUAUAAAAGGUGCAGUGAAAUCCUUUUGUCCUAACUCCCUCAACAAUGCAGUACGUUAGUACGUUUGUGUGUAAGGGUUGGAUGUGUGGGUAGCCGGUGUCAAUAAUAUCUAGGUGUAGAUGGUCUCUAAGGUGUAGGUCUGUCCAGGGAGACAGCUAGGGUUAGCUCGGCAGUCUGAUGGCCUGGUGGUAGUAGCUGUCUUGGAGCCUGUUGGUCCGAGACCUGAUAAUCCGAUACCGCUUGUCAGAUGGUAACAAAGUGAACAGUCUCGGCUAGCUCGGGUGGAGUCCUUGACGAUCUUUCACACCUUCCUCAGAUACCGUGUAGAUGUCUUGGAGGGCUAGGAGCUCACCCCUAGUAAUGUAUUGGGCCGUCUGCACCAUCUUCUGUAGAGCCUUUCGGUUAAAGACAACGCAGGUGCCGUACCAGGUGGUAAUGCAGCCGGUCAAGAUGCUUUCGUUUGCGGAGCUGUAGCACUUCUUGAGGACCCGAGGGCCCAUGCCUAAUUUCUUCAGUCGCCUGGAGGUUGAAGAGGUGCAGUUGCGCCUUAUUCACCACGGUGGUGUGAUUGGACCAUGUCAGGUCAUCUGUGAUGUGCAACCCCAAGGAACUUGAAGCGUUUGACCCGGAUGCAGUUGCAGAGGGAGGUGUUCAUGUCGAGGGUCUUGAGCUUAGUGUUUUUUGAAAUGACAGAUAUGCAGUGGUGGAAAAAGUACCCAGUUGUCAUACUUGAGUAAAAGUACAGAUGCCUUAAUAGAAAGUUAAUCAAGUAAAAGUGAAAGUCUCCCAGUAAAAUACUACUUGAGUAAAAGUCUAAAAGUAUUUGUUUGUAAAUAUACUUAAGUAUCAAAGUAAAUGGAAUUGGUCAAAUAUAAUUAAGUACCAAAAGUAAAAGUAUAAAACAUUUCAAAUUCCUUAUAUUAGGCAAAGCAGAUGGCACCAUUUUCUUGUUUUUAAAAUGUACGGAUAGCCAGGGGUACACUCCAACGCUCAGACAUAAUUUACAAACGAUGCAUUUGUAUUUAGUGAGUCUGCCAGACCAGAGGCAGUAGGGAUGACCAUGUGUUCUCUUGAUAGGUGCGUGAAUUGGAACAUUUUCCUGUCCUGCUAAUAAGUACUUAACGAGUACUUUUGGGUGUCAGGGGAAAUGUAUGGAGUAAAAAGUACAUGUUCUUUAGGAAUGUAGUGAAGUAAAAGUAAAAGUUGUCAAAAACAUAAAUAGUAAAGUACAGAUACCCCAAAAUACCCACUACUUAAGUAGUGCUUUAAAGUAUUUUUCCCUAAGUACUUUACACCACUGCAGAUAGGGCCCUUUUAUAUGUUUGUUUUUAUAUUGAUAGAAUAAUAUCAACUCAUUUUCAUAUACAUGUGGGCAUAAUUGAAUAAAUCAGUAAAAAAUAACUAUCUAUCCAACUAGCUCCCCAUUAGAAUUUGUAACCACCCACUCACAAUCUCCCGUCCACCUUCACCAUUUGUAUUUGUUAGGGAUCCCCAUUAGUUCCAAUAUUACACCACUACAUAUCUACAAUACAAAAUGUAUAGUACCACCACACAACAAUAUUACACCACUACAUAUCUACAAUACAAAAUGUAUAGUACCACCACACAACAAUAUUACACCACUACAUAUCUACAAUACAAAAUGUAUAGUACCACCACACAACAAUAUUACACCACUACAUAUCUACAAUACAAAAUGUAUAGUACCACCACACAACAAUAUUACACCACUACAUAUCUACAAUACAAAAUCUAUAGUACCACCACACAACAAUAUUACACCACUACAUAUCUACAAUACAAAAUCUAUAGUACCACCACACAACAAUAUUACACCACUACAUAUCUACAAUACAAAAUGUAUAGUACCACCACACAACAAUAUUACACCACUACAUAUCUACAAUACAAAAUGUAUAGUACCACCACACAACAAUAUUACACCACUACAUAUCUACAAUACAAAAUGUAUAGUACCACCACACAACAAUAUUACACCGCUCUUCCUCGCUCUUUUGUUUGCGUUUCAACCCUGUGUUUGUUUGGUCUUCGUCCCCAUGCCUUUAAAUGGCACGCUGUAAUUUGGGUCAAUAAAAAACCCUAUUACGCAUUCCUGCGCCAGUCUCCCGAUCCCUUCAUACCAAGACACUACAUCCAAUGGAUUUGGAUAGUGCUUUUAAUGGGUCACGUUAAAAUGGCGACAUACUGUAAUUCUGCUGUAUGAAGGUGGACUAAUUGUUAAAAACUUCCCCACAAAAAAAUAUUCUUCCCUCUGUUUUAUGAAUGCUAUUCUACAUAUUUGUCCCUUGGUAGUAGUUUGUGAUUCCAUUGCCCGACCUAUGUUAAUUAUCUUAAUACAAUAUACUGGGGGAUAUGGGUGCUUGUUUCUGUGUUCCCAAAGGACACAGCUGUGGAGACAGGUCAAUUUUUUAUUUUAUUUUUUAUUUCACCUUUAUUUAACCAGGUAGGCUAGUUGAGAACAAGUUCUCAUUUGCAACUGCGACCUGGCCAAGAUAAAGCAUAGCAGUGUGAACAGACAACACAGAGUUACACAUGGAGUAAACAAUUAACAAGUCAAUAACACAGUAGAAAAAAAAGGGGGAGUCUAUAUACAAUGUGUGCAAAAGGCAUGAGGAGGUAGGCGUAUAAUACAAUUUUGCAGAUGAACACUGGAGUGAUAAAUGAUCAGAUGGUCAUGUACAGGUAGAGAUAUUGGUGUGCAAAAGAGCAGAAAAGUAAAUAAAUAAAAAACAGUAUAAAAACAGUAUGGGAAUGAGGUAGGUGAAAAUGGGUGGGCUAUUUACCAAUAGACUAUGUACAGCUGCAGCGAUCGGUUAGCUGCUCGGUUAGCUGAUGUUUGAAGUUGGUGAGGGAGAUAAAAGUCUCCAACUUCAGCGAUUUUUGCAGUUCGUUCCAGUCACAGGCAGCAGAGUACUGGAACGAAAGGCGGCCAAAUGAGGUGUUGGCUUUAGGGAUGAUCAGUGAGAUACACCUGCUGGAGCGCGUGCUACGGAUGGGUGUUGCCAUCGUGACCAGUGAACUGAGAUAAGGCGGAGCUUUACCUAGCAUGGACUUGUAGAUGACCUGGAGCCAGUGGGUCUGGCGACGAAUAUGUAGCGAGGGCCAGCCGACUAGCGCAUACAAGUCGCAGUGGUGGGUGGUAUAAGGUGCUUUGGUGACAAAACGGAUGGCACUGUGAUAGACUGCAUCCAGUUUGCUGAGUAGAGUGUUGGAAGCCAUUUUGUAGAUGACAUCGCCGAAGUCGAGGAUCGGUAGGAUAGUCAGUUUUACUAGGGUAAGCUUGGCGGCGUGAGUGAAGGAGGCUUGGUUGCGGAAUAGAAAGCCGACUCUUGAUUUGAUUUUCGAUUGGAGAUGUUUGAUGUGAGUCUGGAAGGAGAGUUUGCAGUCUAGCCAGACACCUAGGUACUUAUAGAUGUCCACAUAUUCAAGGUCGGAACCAUCCAGGGUGGUGAUGCUAGUCGGGCAUGCGGGUGCAGGCAGCGAUCGGUUGAAAAGCAUGCAUUUGGUUUUACUCGCGUUUAAGAGCAGUUGGAGGCCACGGAAGGAGUGCUGUAUGGCAUUGAAGCUCGUUUGGAGGUUAGAUAGCACAGUGUCCAAUGACGGGCCGAAAGUAUAUAGAAUGGUGUCGUCUGCGUAGAGGUGGAUCAGGGAAUCGCCCGCAGCAAGAGCGACAUCAUUGAUAUAUACAGAGAAAAGAGUCGGCCCCUCUCGUGUGUAUUCCUACCAGUCAGGUUUUGAACCCAGAACUGAAAUUCAGACAAAGCGCUCCUGUAAUGGGUGUUAAGGGGCUGUCUGUUUUGCGUGUCCGAUUACAUACACUCAGUUCUUCUUGGAGUGGCAAGAACUAUGAUGUCGCUGUGGGUUAAUAGUAAGUACCACGAAAUGCCUGGGUACAUAGAGAAUGUGUCAUUCAAUAUCCGUAUCUGCCUUCAUCUGGCUCAGAAUGUGAGGAACAGGGUCUUAUUGUGGGCCCAUUAAGCUUUUGUUUUUGAAGCAUACAACAGUAACUUGGUUAAUAUGAUUAAAAGCACUCCGGACAUGCCCAUGAAAAUGUGCAAAUCAUUGUGGUUGGAGAAGGCACUACCACUUUACAGGAAAUAAAUUAUGGAAAAUGUGAUGUUUGACUGUAAAGACACCUUUGAGGCUCUGGUGAAACCCAAACGCACUGUAAAACAUGUUGCAAGAUCUGAGGGUGUGAGUGCUUUAGGAAGACCACUCAUCAAAACAGUAGAGGAAGCUGAUUUCCUAGCGCUGCAUUAAUGUGACUCUAAAGAGACUAAAAGACACUCUCUCAGAGUGAGGAGAACAGUACUUUCGCUGUAAAUAGGUUAAUUGUAACAGAUGUAGGAACUGGUUCCAAUUUCGUUUUUAAAGCACACCUACUUCUCAGCAGUCCCAAUCCCAGAUAAUUUCUAACCUGUGGGGGAAAUCCUGGGACAUAUUACAGCCCUUCCCAGCUUCUGAAAUAAAACAAAAGUGUUUGUUUUUAUCUGUGCGAAAGUUACGUGUUGACUAUAUUGUUCGAUUUCUCAACCACUGAGGUAAUCACAUGAUUGAGAUUUAGGACAAUCGUACAACAGCGUGUCCAUGACGUAUGACCCAAACGUGAAGCAGAGCUCGAAAUUAGACUUGGCUUUUUUUUCAUUUCUCUUUACCAUUCUUCCAGAAUCUUCCCAAAGGACAUUUUCAGCCGUUCCAAACUGUGCAUGAACCGUCUGUUGUUUACUUUUUCAACAUGGCUCUAGAACCUAGGUCAUGCACAAAGCUUUACAAGUAGGCUAAGUGUAGACCUAUAGGCUGAGCUGUUAACCGAGACAGAGAUGUACAUUGUAAUAUUUUAUCUAACUCAUUGUGUGCAUUGCGGCCUAAUUAGCUCAAUUGAUUGCUUCCUAUGUUUGUUUUUUUACUCGUCGUCUUUAGGUCGUAUCUCAUCCUCAGAACGUCAUAGAGAUGAACCAAAGAUAUCCCCGUGUGCAUAAGAAUCUUUAUCGUCUUUCUCUAGCCUAGCGCAUUGUAGCGUUAAGCAUCAGUAACAUGCUUUAUAUUAUCAGGAGCCAAUUUUUCCUCUUCAAAAUCUUAAACUAACAAGGGGUAUGCUUUUUGCCCUUUUAUUUAAGGGGAAUUGCAUACCCUCCACAAGCCCCUUCCAUCUAAGCCAAUCAGAGGCAGCUGUCAAUCGUUGUCUCCGAUUGAGAACCAUACUUAGGUAGCCUGUGUCCCCACUAUGAUUUGUGGGUAGUUGUUUUCUGUUGUGUGUCUGCACCAGCCAGAACUGUUUCGGUCGUUCUCUUUGUUAUUGCUGUGUUCAUUAAAUAAAUAUGGACGCAUA